AUGCAGCUUCCGAUAUUAGUAAUUGUAUUAAUCUUUUUCGUGAGCACCUUGCGUGCCGAAAUAGUGUCUCUAACUCACUCUAACUUUGCCGACAAUAUAUCCAAAGGAAUUUGGCUAGUGAACUUCUUCAGUCCGUAUUGCGGACAUUGUAAACUCUUUGAGCCAACAUGGAAAGCUCUGGCACACGCUGUCACUGAUCUGGAAGAUACGGAAAAUUUUCAUUUUGGACAGGUUGACAUCACCUUGGAAGGGGAUUUGAGUGAUGAGUAUGACAUUCGCGAAACACCAACCCUUUUACUUUUCGCAAAUGGUAAAAAGGUCCAAAAGUACAAAGGUCAGCAUACUUCAGAAGAACUUACAGAAUUCAUCGCAACCAGCGCCUCAAAAUACGACAUCAGGUCAAUCAAUCCUCACGGCGACGUAGUAGAGUUGAAUAGUAAAAAUUUUGACGAGAUGACUAAAUCAGGCCCAUGGUUCAUCAAGUUUUUUGCUCCUUGGUGUCCACAUUGUCAGACAUUGAAGCCAACGUGGGAAGAGCUGGGGAAGGUCCUGAAAGGAAAAGUGAACGUUGGCACGGUGGAUUGUACUGUCGAAGGAGAUACUUGCAAUAAGUAUUCAAUAAGGGGAUAUCCUACUCUGAAACUGUUGGUAAAUGGCGAAACAACAGACUACAGAGGCUCGCGUAAAUUGGAAGAAUUGAGAAAGUGGGCUGAGAAGGCUGUCGCAGCUGGCGUCGUAAAAAUAAAUGCUGAUGACUUUGCCGAUAUCAGAGAAAAAGAGGAACUGUUCUUUUUAUUUGUCCACGAUGCAAAAACUCCUGCUGAAGCAAUGGUAACAAUCGACGAUCUCUCUAAAACAUACUUUUCUAUUGGCAAAUUCUACGUUUCGGACGAUCCAGAAAUCCUACUACAACUUGGUAUCUCUGAAAUUCCGGCGUUUCUAGUCGUUAAAUCUGACCUUAAUUACCAAUACAACUCGGGUUCGUCGAACGCCUUCACCGACGUCCAAUCUCUCAAAGCCUUUAUUCAAAAACAUAAAUAUCCGUUGCUCACACAAAUAGAUCUGAGCAAUUCGGAGGAAAUACUCAAAGGAUCAAAAUUGGUUGUACUCGGUAUAAUGAAUCCUAAAGAAAAGAAGUUUACUGAAGCGAAGAAGACGCUAAAGGACGUCGCAUUAAGAUAUUAUUCAAAGGUGAACGAAGCAGGUGGAAAUGAGGGACGAAGAGAAGUUGUGUUUGCGUGGAUUGAUGGAACUAGAUGGUCAGAGUAUGUUGGACGCAUGUACGGAAUUAGGACGGAGAGCCUUCCCACUGUUGUUAUUCACGAUGCUGAGGGCGAUGAAUAUUUCGACAGCACAACACGAGGAAAUUUAUUUUCAAUCUACGAUGAAGUAACCUUAUAUGAUGCUAUUAUCGAUGCUAAAGAAAGCAGACUCGUUGGCAAAAGUACAAUUAGCAUCAUUGAGAGAUUCGCAAAGACGACGUACAACGGAAUAUGGAAUCAUCCAUUUAUUACCCUAACAUUUUUUGGAAUCGUAUUUGCUGUUUUCUGGAAGAUAUUUUCAAGGGAUCAAACGUCUCUUGAAUAUGGGAAAGAUUACCCCAAGUUUGAAUAA